AUGUAUAGCGGUAUCUUCGAAAUUAGUAUCAAGGGGUCAAAAGAUUCAUCAGAUAUCACAAAGGAUUCGGAAGAAGCCGUUGAGAUGCUAGAUAUUUUGCAAAGCAAAAAUGAUGUUUGUCUAGUAAUUGACGGAACCUCGCUUCAGUUUUACAUAGACCAUUAUAGAAAUGAGUUCAUAGAAAUCGCUGUGCGACUACCCGUUGUGGUUGCCUGUCGCUGCUCACCAACACAGAAGGCUGAAGUCACGCGCCUAAUUAUGGAAUUCACAAAGAAGAGGGUAUGCUGCAUAGGUGAUGGUGGUAAUGAUGUCAGUAUGAUUCAGGCGGCGCAUGUUGGCAUUGGUAUCGUAGGAAAGGAGGGUAAACAAGCCUCUUUGGCAGCCGACUUCUCUAUAACGCAGUUCAGCUACGUUCUAAAGCUUUUAUGUGAGUAG